AUGGGUCAUCCUCAAAACGGAGGUGUCCCAGGGCAAGCGCCCGUCCCUUUCCCUCCUCCCCCUCACCCUCCUCCUCCAGUUGUGGCAUAUCCAGCGUAUGGACAAGUCCCUUAUUCUAUGCCGCCGCAACCGUACAUCUACCCUCCCUACGCCUCGGUGGUGUACCAAAACGCUGGGCCACCGGGAUAUUAUCCUUAUGCGAAUCCUGUGCCUGUAUACGUACCUCUACCCCCACAGGGUCAGGUGAAUCAAGCAGCUCAAGGUCAAGCGCAUAUGCCUCAGCUCACUCAGGGCGAAGGCAAUCACCCGGCUCAAGUCCCAGGCCAAUAUCAUGGUUCAAGUUGGCGUCGCCGCCAUCGUAGUCGCGUUCAAGCUCGCGGCCGGGGUAAUGGCAGAGGUAACAGGGGGCAGCCAAACAGGCGUCAGGUAGGCCGCGACAAUUGCUUCCCGCGACCCCAGAACCUGGAGAGCCUUCCUGAGCCAUUUAAGAAGCUUUUCACGCUGCUCGAUUCUGGUGCAGAUGUUUCAGAUUCACUCCAACUGAGUUCCGAUCUGGACAGUCGAGGGGUCAAGCAAGAGCCACAAUAG